UAGACGCGCCUCAAAAAGUCCCACCUUCGUCAGUUCUGGUUACGCUCUGAUUGGUGCGUCAACCAUUCGGAAUUUUUACCUGUUUAAAAAAAUACAGGUGUAUAGAGAUCACACAGACAGAAGCUGAUCAGUGAUUUCGUUCUAAGGAGUAUCAGGGAUGGCCGUUGAAGGUACAGAGUUAGAAUGGGGGGAUAUUCUAGUCAUUAUCGGCUAUUUCGUGGCUGUCAUAGCCGUAGGAAUAUUAUCGUCAUGCAGAAACAGAGGCAGUGUGGGGGGUUACUUUCUGGCGGGAAGAAACAUGCACUGGAUACCGGUUGGUCUAUCUCUAUUUGCCAGUAAUAUAGGAAGUGGACACUUUGUUGGUUUGGCGGGAUCUGGAGCGUCUAAUGGGAUAGGCGUGGCAGUCUUUGAAUUAAAUGCUAUCUUCAUCUUGAUGAUACUUGGGUGGCUGUUUGUUCCUGUGUAUGUGGCGGCUGGGGUGUUUACAAUGCCUGAGUACCUGAAGAAGAGGUUUGGGGGCCACAGAAUCCGAGUCUACCUGUCAGUAUUGGCACUGCUUCUAUACGUAUUCACCAAGAUUUCUGCUGAUUUAUUUUCUGGGGCCCUUUUCAUCUUACGAACAUUUAAAGGCUUUGAUCUCUAUCUCGCCAUCAUUAUUCUACUAAUCAUUGCAGCCCUGUUUACAAUCACAGGUGGACUUACUGCUGUAAUAUGGACAGAUUCCAUUCAAGUUUUUAUCAUGACUAUUGGGGCGUUCAUCCUCAUGAUUAUGAGUUUUGUUAGGGUGGGUGGAUAUGAGGAGGUUGUGAGGAGAUACUUUGAAGCUUACCCCAACACGACACUUCAGAAUUACGGUAACACCAGCGACCCGUACUGGAAAUGUGGGAUUCCCCCGGAAAACUCCAUGAACCUGGUCAGGAGCUAUGACGAUGAUUCUCUCCCCUGGCCGGGCAUUAUGUUCGGUCUGACCAUCUCCUCCGUCUGGUACUGGUGCUCUGAUCAGGUUAUAGUCCAGAGAGCACUUGCUGCCAAAAAUAUCGCCUACGCUAAAGCUGGCACAAUUCUGGCCGGUUACCUGAAAUUCACGCCUCUUUUCCUCAUCGUUUUCCCGGGAAUGAUUUCCAGAAUCAUCUUCCCAGAUACUGUCGGUUGUGCAGUUCCGGAAGUUUGUGAGAAGGUUUGCGGAAGUCGUUCCGGAUGUACGAACAUCGCCUACCCUGACCUCGUUAUUGAGGUCAUGCCGGCUGGACUGAGGGGUCUGAUGCUGUCGGUGAUGAUGUCCGCUCUUAUAUCGUCCCUUACCUCUAUAUUCAACAGUACCAGCACCAUAUUCACCAUAGAUAUUUACAAACGUAUCCGUACCCACGCCAAUGAUGUAGAGCUAAUGAUUGUCGGAAGAUUGUGCGUGAUAGUAUUGGUGGGUAUCUCCAUUGCCUGGAUCCCUAUCGUCCAGAACGUGUCAGAGCUCUUCCAUUACAUCCAGGCCAUCACCUCCUUCCUGGCUCCCCCGGUCUGCGCCGUGUACGUCUUGGCCGUCUUUUGGAAGAGAACUAAUGAACCGGGAGCGUUUUACGGUCUGAUGAUUGGUCUGGUGGUGGGACUGACCAGGUUUAUCUGGGAGUAUGUGUACUCUGUCCCAGCCUGUGGGGAGUCGGGAGACGAGCGCCCAGAUAUCAUCAGUAAAGUUCAUUACUUACAUUUUGGAAUCAUUUUGUUCGGAAUCGUCUUCAUCUGCACAAUCGUCAUCAGCCUCCUCACACCGCCUAUACCAGAGAAACACCUCCACCGGCUGACUUUCUGGAGUCGGUUUGAUACGGCGGAGAGGGAAGACAUUGACGCGGAGAGAGACAGGAAAGAACUGGAAAAGAAACACAAAGUGGCCUUCAAGAGUUUUGCUCACGUGGAGGAAGGCCAGCCAUUCUAUAAGACGGCUCUGCAAUGGAUCUGUGGAGUCGAGAAAAUGGAACAAGCAAUGGAGAUGACAGAGGAACAGAAAAAGAUUCAAGAGAAAAAACAGAACUCGAUCCACGAGACGAAGACUCAGAAAUGGCUGACCAGUGUCAAUGCCAUUAUCUUAAUGACAUUAGCUAUUUUCCUCUGGGGUUUCUACGCCUAAUGUCCUGGUGUAAUGAUAAAAUCCCCAGUGUCUGUAAAAACAAAAUGACAAAACAUAUUUGUAUGAUGGUGCUUUUAUAUAGAAAGUCCCCUUAUAGGUGGAAAACAUCUUUCAUUAAUCAAGAGGUAGAUUUAAUUAUUAUUUUUUACAAGUAUUAAAAUCAUUUUAAAUAAACAUAGAUUAAAUAGUGGUCUCAAUGUUAUGAAGUGUUACAUACAGGGAAGUAGAAUCAUAUUGUGUCUCAGCUUAAAUCAGUGCUAUACAUGUAUGCAAAAUAUCCAUUUUAUACAGUGUGUGUAUUUUUAUUUAAUUUAUACUUUUGUAUCAAAAAAAGAUAUUUGUAAAUAUGUUAGAUGAUGAAAUUAUAUUUAUCUCCACUGCUAUUGAAGUUUACCAUGUUCAUUGUUUAUUUUAUACAUGUAUGUAUGAAAAUAUAAAGAAAAGUGUCGUUCAUAUUAUCAUGUCCAUUCAUUUUUUUUUAUUUUUAUAAAUAAAAUACUACUUAUCU